UUGCUUUUCUUUUUCAUUUUCAUGCACUAAUUACAAUUAUAUAUAAUAGUAAAUUGUGCAAGAUUGUUACAGUUUCAUUUUCUGGUUCCCUUUUUCUUCUUUUCUAUUUUUUUACAGUUCCAUAUAAUAGUGGGUGACAUGUGGGUUGUUUGUUCCAAUCUUGUCAGUGUUAUUUGGUUCAUCUCUCACUGAUUGAGCUUUCUGGGUACUCAAAACCUUGAGCUUUUUCUUCAAAAUUUCUUCCCAUUUUCGUGGGUUUCUGAGAGAUUUAGGAUCUGGGUUGUUUGCAGAUUUGGGUUUUGGGACUGCUCUGAGAUUCAGUACAUUUUGGGGUAACUUUUUUUAGUGAGAGUGAGAGAGUAGAGAGAGAAAGCUAUGGCAGGAGGAGGUGCUCCAGCAAAGGCAGAUGAGCCAGCGCCACACCCACCAAAGGAUCAACUUCCUAAUGUUUCCUACUGCAUUACUAGUCCUCCCCCAUGGCCUGAGGCUAUCCUCCUCGGGUUUCAACAUUAUUUGGUGAUGCUCGGGACAACAGUUAUCAUUCCCACUGCUCUCGUUCCUCAAAUGGGGGGAGGGAAUGAGGAGAAAGCAAAGGUGAUCCAGACACUACUCUUUGUUGCUGGAUUGAACACAAUACUGCAGACAACUUUCGGGACUAGAUUGCCUGCUGUGAUUGGAGGGUCAUAUACAUUUGUCGCGGCCACAAUUUCAAUUAUCCUCUCUGGUCGAUUCAACAAUGAGUCAGAUCCUACAGCGAAAUUUAAAAAGACAAUGCGGGCAAUCCAGGGUGCACUCAUUGUUGCUUCAACUCUUCAGAUUGUCCUAGGUUUCAGUGGUCUUUGGAGAAAUGUCACAAGGUUCUUGAGUCCACUCUCAGCUGUUCCUUUGGUUGCUCUUGCUGGCUUUGGACUCUAUGAGUUUGGUUUUCCUGGGGUCGCUAAAUGCAUCGAAAUUGGGCUGCCACAGCUUAUCAUUUUAGUUUUUUUCUCACAGUAUCUGUCCCAUGUGUUGCGCAGAGGACAACACAUCUUUGAACGUUUUGCUGUAAUAUUUUCAGUGGCUAUUGUAUGGAUUUAUGCUCUUCUACUCACUGUAGGCGGGGCCUAUAAUGGUAAACCACCAAAAACACAGAUUAGUUGCCGUACUGAUCGUUCUGGACUUAUUGAUGGUGCUCCUUGGAUAAGCAUUCCCUAUCCCUUUCAAUGGGGACCACCUUCGUUUGAUGCUGGUGAAGCCUUUGCCAUGAUGUUUACUUCAUUUGUUGCUCUUGUAGAGUCCACUGGAGGCUUUAUUGCUGUUUCAAGAUAUGCGAGUGCAACUCCCUUGCCGCCUUCUGUUCUCAGCCGAGGCGUCGGUUGGCAGGGAAUUGGAAUUUUACUUUCUGGGUUGUUUGGAACUGUGAAUGGAUCCUCGGUAUCCAUUGAGAAUGCUGGUCUUUUAGCUUUGACUCGUGUUGGCAGUAGAAGGGUUGUGCAAAUAUCUGCCGCGUUCAUGAUUUUCUUUUCCAUUCUUGGAAAAUUUGGAGCAGUCUUUGCCUCAAUUCCAGCACCUAUAGUUGCUGCUUUAUAUUGCCUUUUCUUUGCUUAUGUGGGUUCAGUAGGUUUAAGUUUCCUUCAGUUCUGCAAUCUCAACAGCUUCCGAACGAAAUUCAUACUGGGCUUCUCUAUCUUUUUGGGCUUGUCUAUACCCCAGUACUUCAACGAGUACACUGCAAUUAAUGGAUAUGGCCCGGUUCACACAACAGCAAGAUGGUUUAAUGAUAUGGUUAAUGUUCCUUUCUCAUCUGAGGCGUUUGUUGCGGGCUUGUUGGCGUAUUUCCUGGACAACACAUUACACAAGGAUCCUGUAAUAAGGAAAGAUAGGGGUAAGCAUUGGUGGGACAAAUUCCGUUCUUUUAAGACUGAUACACGAAGUGAGGAAUUCUAUUCCCUCCCCUUCAAUCUCAACAAAUAUUUCCCGUCUGUUUAACUGUGUGUCGUGGAGCUACAAUGCGGUCUUGUGAAAUCUUGCUCCCUCAAGGGCUCUUGUGUAGCUCUAUUUGUGGGACAAGCUAUUCCAUAAUUCUCUUUUCUCAUCUCUCAUCUUAUUACAUGCUAAAGUCGUAUAAAUUAGCCGUCCUUCACAGGAUUUCUUAGCACAUUUGUUAAUUUAAUUUUGUUGUUGUUGUUGUAAAUCCAAUGGAUGAUAAGGACUUAAAAAUUAGCAAUGAAACAAGUUUGCUUCUCUCAGCUCUCA